AGUACUCAGCAGCACAACAACACACCCGAUUGUUGUGGUAUUUCAGUAACGAGGUCUCACUGUUGUGGACUUGUGAUAUCGAGGUCAUUUUAAUCAUUUAAAGGCUAUGUCAACUGGUGAUCAUACCAACGUUAAAACUGUCUUCUACCUCGUUCUCUUAUGUAUGGUUUUUGGAGUGGCUGUCAUGUCUUACAGAGGAUUGGGGAGACCAAAUUAUGUCACUUCUCUUAGUUCUGGCACUGAUUUGGUCCAGGUGGCAAUAAACCCUCAGUCAAUAGCAAAUGUUAAUACCACUGCUUCUUGUAGGAGGCCCCCUAAACACUUUCCAACUCCAGUAGCAUUUCUCCAUAAGUUGCAGCCUGCACUUGAACCAUCCUGUGAUAAAUUAUUUGAUGGACAACAUUCAGAGAGACAACGUGUCAGAAAUGCUCAAAAACAUUUCCAGUUACCAUCAGAUGCUGAAAUACUGAAGGCCUACAGUAAAGGAAAUUGUAGCUUCGUACAAAAUGACUUUGACAACAACUUUUAUGUUUCUCCAGAUGAAAUAGACUUCCCCAUUGCUUACGAGAUGCUAAUAUAUUAUCAGAAAAAUCGUUUCCUACAAGCACUCAAUUUAUUGAAAUUCAUUUAUAGACCUCACAACGUUUACUGUAUACAUAUUGACAAGGGCUCUCCUCAAUGGUGGAUAAACGGUGUUAAAGGUUUUACGAGCUGUCUUCCUAAUGUUUUUGUGGCUAAGAAACUUGUCAAGAUAUACUAUGGAAGUGUUAGUAUUCUGGAUGCACAUUUGAGUUGCCUCAGUGAACUACUGACAGUAACUACACCAUGGAAGUAUGUACUGACAUUACAUUCACCUGAAAUACCAUUGAUAACUAAUAGGGACAUUGUAAAGAAGUUGGUUGAACUAAAAGGUCACAAUAUUGUCACUAAAGGUUUUAAUGCUUCUGAUCCUAAAAGUGGAUAUGCUUAUAAUUGGCUAAUGGCAAAAAAGGUUGUACCUGGCAGCCCCCCAGGGAAAGUUGGCCCCCUACCAAAUUUCCCAAUAUAUAAAAGUGCAGAAUCAAUCAACAGUGCAUUGAGUAGAGAUUUUGUUAAGUAUGCACUCACUGACAGCAAAUCAAUAGCACUGAGAAAGAGACUGGAGUAUACACAAUCAGCAGAGGAAUUCUUUUUUGAUACAUUGAACAUGUUAAAGGAUGCUCCUGGUAAUUUUAUGAAGCUAAAGGCUGCUGGGCUAAAAUUGCCAAGGUUUUCACGAAGACUUUGGGCCCAUAUGCUAGAGAAUGGAGACUGUAUCGAUAGAAAUAUAAGACAUAACAUAUGUAUAGUCAGUGCUAGUGAUCUCCCAUUUAUAAUGAAGGAAAUGAAAACAGGUCUGUGGUUCUAUAACAAGUAUCUUAUUGAUUAUGAUCAUGUUGUCAAUGACUGUAUCCAAUUAUUAUUGAUACAGAAUAACUUUAAAAGGUACAAACAAGACUGCUAUUAAUGCAUGAUAUUACCGUAUAGGGCAUAAUGUUCGUGGGAGGCAAAUUUUCGUGAAAUCUACUAAAAUUCUAAUUCGUGGAUUUUAAUUUCGCGAAUUCUACCACAUGUGGAUACUGUAUUAAAUUGAUAUUCGUGGAUUUUAUUUUCGCGAAUUUUCUUUAUCCAUGAAAUCAGCGAAAUUUGUGUCCCACGAAUAUUAUGCCCUAUACGGUAUCUUGAGUCACCAUUUUUUCUACUUCAAUGACUAGUUUUAUUAAAUUAUAUUUAA